GAGAAGAAAACUUUCUUUUUCCGACCGAGGCUGUGGAGUCUGGUGAGACGAAAUGCAGAUUUUCGUGAAAACAUUGACUGGGAAAACCAUCACCCUUGAGGUGGAACCCAGUGACACAAUCGAGAAUGUGAAAGCCAAGAUUCAAGACAAAGAGGGCAUUCCUCCCGACCAGCAGCGACUGAUUUUUGCGGGCAAACAGUUAGAGGAUGGUCGCACUCUGUCAGACUACAACAUCCAGAAAGAGUCCACUCUCCACCUGGUUCUGCGUCUGCGUGGUGGCAUCAUCGAGCCCUCUCUCAGACAGCUGGCCCAGAAAUACAACUGUGACAAAAUGAUCUGCCGCAAAUGCUACGCACGUCUUCACCCGCGCGCCGUCAACUGCCGCAAGAAGAAAUGCGGACAUACCAACAACCUGCGCCCCAAGAAGAAGCUGAAGUAAACUGUGAGCCAAGCAGACUGGGUUGGUCUAUUUUCACAAUAAAAAGAUAAAAACAAAAACUUA